CUUGUCUCACUUUACCAUGCUUGGCGAUCUCACUCUAUUCCCGCAUCCGUUUGCCUGGUACUCCAUCUGAAACACUCGACGUGAUAUCCAACUUUUACUUUUCGCCCCGUAGGAUUCUCAAGCACGUUUUAAAAAGGUGACCAUUUCUACAAUUAUUAAAAAUUUUCGAAAAUCCUUCUCGUAGAGUAGAGCAUUGAUUGCUGCCCGACACAGUUGACAAGUACUGCAAUGACUGGAUUAACAAAAUUGUGUAGAUUCAUGAACUAGAAAAUAUUAUCUAAAAUGUAGCUUAUAUAGGUUUUCGAAAAUUUUAAUAAUUGUAGAAAUGAGGCAAAAUGUACAAGUCGAAAAUCGCGCCGUGUGAUUUAGAUGGAGUGUCAGGAAUACGAAUGCGUGAAAAGAGUGAAACCGCAAACACGGUAAAGGGAAACGGCCUAGGUUUGUCGUCCGUGUGGACACUCACACAUAGAACCCGCUGGUUUCGUUCUGUCUCUCUCGAUCAUCUCCCGUUUUCUUUCUAAACCGUCUGCGCGGAGCUGGAUGCGCAUUAAAAUGGUGGGGAUAGAAGCGCUCGGAAAGAAGAGAUAGAAAUCGCUCGCGUUAACCAGUUGCGCUACUGGAGUUAGAGAAGAUUGGUAUGAACGUGAAUAGAUCUGAAACCUCGAGCGAUGGAAUGUCGAUAUUUAUUGUCAUCUCCUAAAUAUAUUUUGUAAUACUUCUUCGAAAUACUAUAAUCAAGCAUUUCACAGAAUCCAUAUACAUACAUAUUUCCGAAAGUGAGUCCAUGUGUUCCCUUUAAACAGUGAAUAUUUCGAGUAAAAGUUAUUUAGAAGGAUAUUCGAGCAAGAUAUUCGAAAAAUAACCUAACCGGUGUGAAAUGGCAUCAUCGUUGUCAGGAUAUUGGGUAAAAUUUUUUAAGGGAGCAGGAUUUCCGCAAGACGUUGCAACAAAACAUGCCGUUGUAUUCUCAAAUAAUCGCAUAAAGCCGGACAUGCUACCAGAUUUAGACAAACCUAGUCUGAAAGAAAUGGGAAUAACUUUAAUGGGAGAUAUGAUUGCAAUCUUGAGGUAUGCCAAAAAGGUAGUCGAAGAGACAACAUGCGAAAGGUUUCUUGUAGACACAGAAGACCCAUCCACAAAUUCAAAACAGGUUGUUAAGAAAACAGUAACCAAACCACCCAUUAAAACAGUUGCUUCCAAAGUUAAAUCUGAUGUUGCAACCACAAAAAAGAUAGUGAAAAUUCCAACGAGUUCGGUAAAGAAAGCUGUCAGCAUAAAAAAACUAGUCUCCACGUCGACUGAGGGAAUGACAGAUUUUGCUAAUCAAAAGAAGCAAAUAAUUCUUAAGAGAAAAUUAGAAGAAGAAUACGACAGUAAUAAUGAGGAUGAAUGGAAUGGGACGGUGAAAAAGACAAAAUCAUUGGACAAUAAGGAUGAUAAAAUAGGCUACACAGUAAUACUUCCAAAGGGAUCAACAUCUAGAAGUCAACAGAUACUUAAGAAAUCUACAGAACAAAAAAGAACUGUUUUUGACAGACUGGGAGAUAGUUCUGUAACUAGUACAACAAACCUAGCAGAGACAUCGCCAACAUUUAAUAUCACUGGCUUAGGAAAAGAUGUUUUGAAAAGAUCUGUAAGCGUUUUUAAGCGGCUAGGGGACAAAGAUGCACAGAAAGACAGUACAACUCACAUAGGUAUACUGAAAAAUGGAACAACUAGUUCCGGGAUAUUAAAAUCUAAAAGUAUUAGUGCAAGAACCUCUAUCAUUACAACAAACAAAACAAUACCAAAAACUAUGGGGACAAUGAGAGCAGAUCAAGAGGCUACUAGAAAAAUUCUGUCUAAUACAGUGUCUCAAGUAGUGAAAACAACUAAAAAAAUUUCUUUCAAUAGUCCAUCUUCAAAUAAUGUUAAAAUCGCAAAAUCUAGUGUUACGUCUGGAAAAUUAGCUUCUGAACGACUGACCUUGAUACCAGCAAAAGCACGUUUGGGAGCAGUUAGGACCAGUGGUCCUAAACAAGUUACUUUUGACAGGAUUACAACAGUGGCACAUGUAAAGAAACCGGAUGUUUUCAGUCGUCUUGGAAUUUGAAUACUAUGAGCCGGUGCUCGAUUAGAGUAAUAUGUCUUCGUGAUCGAAACUUUUUGUACAAAGUUAAAUAAUUUCCUACUACAUAUAAUAUAGAAAUACAGAAAAUAAUAAUAUUAAUUAAUUAUUAUUAAAUGGUGUUAAUUAAGAAACGUAAGAUUAAACUUGGAAAUGCUUUGAGAAAUCUUAUUAUUUUCCAAUAAUCAUUGUAGAUACAUACGUUCCUUUAAAAAUAUAAAUAUAUUUCAUAUUUAAAUGCAA